AUGUGGCCAGACAACGAGAAGUCAACUAAAAAAAGGCGAUCCAAAGAGACGUUACCCAGCAUCAUCAGCUCGAAGAAGUGGCAGCAAAUAGUUGAAGAAAAAGAAAAAGCAAAACAAGAUGCUGAAGAUGAGAAGAAACGGAGGAAAGAGGAACGAGAGGAGAAGAAAAAAUUGAAGUUAGCGGCUGCAGAAGAGAAGAAAAAAAAUAAACAAAAGCGAAAACCAUCAAAGAAGGAGAUACAAAAUUACUGCAUUGAGGAGGAGGAGGAGGAUGCUGAUGUUCCUGACAAUGAGGAAGCUGUAGGAGAUGAAGAUGAUGUCCUAUCAGAUAGCGGUAACUCUAAAACAUUUAAAAAGGAAGACUAUGUAAUUGUCGUUUAUGAAGAAGAGUAUUUUCCAGGUCAAAUUACAAAAAUAGAUGAGACAGCGACAGUAAAAACAAUGAAACCAGCCGGCAUUGGAAUCUGGAAGUGGCCGCUUAGAGAUGACAUUUGUGAAUACGAAUUCAGUGACAUUCAAACUGUCAUUAAACCGCCUGUAUUAUGCAAUAAAAGAGGAUUCUAUAAGGUCCCUGACUCCCUGAGAUGA